ACAGACACAUGCGCGCGCGCACGGACGCUCGGACGCAGGCGCGCAGUGUGGGAGGCAGCGCGCGCUGGUGCUGUACCGGAGAUUCAGGAUGCGCCCGGUGCGUCCGCGCGCGUUUAUCGGUGUGUAAUCUGAAUAUUUAAAGCCCCGUCACUCCAUCUUUAUUUCACCCCCCGCACCCCCUCCCCCCCGGGCAUGGAGGAGGAGGAGAACACGGGCCUGUGCCGCGCGUCGUGACCUGUUAGAGAGAGAGAGAGUGUGUGUGUGUGUGUGUGUGAGAGAGAGACAGACAGACCCCGCGCUCCCGCUGAUAAUAGAUGGUGUUGGAGCUGGCCGCUCCCGCCGGUGCAGGCCCGCUGCUGCAGCGCUCCAUCUCGCACAUCGAGCGCGUUUUCCGGGUCAGGGUGAGCUGCAGCGCCGCCGACACCCACACACACGCACGCACGCACGCGCGCGCCGCCACCGGGACGCCGCGCGCCGAGCCCGAGUCCAGGAGCGAGCCGGACACCGGCGGCGGGGUGAUCGUGAUCAUCCGGGAUGGCACGGAGGAGGACCGCAGCAGGGCGAAAGACUACAUCGUGUCUCUGAUCUCUCCGGCUCAAAGGCAUCAUGAGCGUUUGACCCUGUGGCUCCAGCGUCGUCUUCACGAGCCCGAGAGCGCCGAGGCCAAAGAGCAUGCGCCCAAGCUGAUGGAGGACGAGGAAGGAGAGGAAGAAGGGAGUAGCUCGGAGAGUGAAGGAGAAAGACGGAGAGCAGAAAGAGGACACGGAGUAGGAGGAGGAAGGAAAGCCGAGCUGAUGAUGGCGACUAAACCUCACCGCCAGUUGUGUCGCUCUCCGUGUUUGGACCGUCCGAGUUUCAGUCAGAGUAGCACGCUACAGGAAAUGCGCGCUGAAGAUUCUCCGGCCACUCCCACUUCCUCAACACUGGCGCCACCCAGUCCAUUGGUGGGCCACACCCCUGCAGAUCGGGACUACCAGAGCAAAAUGGAGUUCGCACUGAAGCUGGGCUACUCCGGCGAGCAGGUGGAGGCAGUGCUGAGUAAACUGGGGCCGAGCGCGCUCACUAACGACGUCCUGGCGGAACUUGUGCGUCUUGGGAACAAAGGAGAAAUCGAAGCGCAAACGCAGACGCAAUCGUCCAGCGGACUUUCGCCAGCAGGGUUAGCACUAACCCCACGUGGCUCUGGAGGGAAGGAAGCCGUGAGUCCUGAGGUGUCGCUCGAGGAGGAGACAACCGACACGUACGAUAAUCUCCGACCCAUCGUUAUAGACGGAUCCAACGUGGCCAUGAGCCAUGGAAACAAAGAGGUUUUCUCAUGCCUGGGCAUCCAGUUGGCAGUCGACUGGUUUCUCGAGCGAGGACACAAAGACAUCACAGUGUUUGUACCAGCGUGGAGAAAAGAGCAGUCCCGCCCCGAUGCUCCUAUAACAGAUCAGGAAAUCCUAAGGAAGCUGGAGAAGGAGAAAAUCCUCGUCUUUACUCCUUCUCGUCGAGUCCAGGGGCGCCGCGUUGUCUGUUACGACGAUCGGUUUAUUGUUAAAUUGGCGUGCGAUUCAGAUGGCAUCAUUGUUUCGAACGAUAACUAUCGAGAUCUGCAAAAUGAAAAGCCAGAGUGGAAAAAGUUUAUAGAGGAACGGCUUCUCAUGUACAGUUUCGUCAAUGACAAGUUUAUGCCACCGGAUGACCCACUAGGCAGACAUGGUCCAAGCCUGGAAAAUUUCCUCCGCAAGCGACCUGUGGUCCCGGAGCACAAAAAGCAACCGUGUCCUUAUGGUAAGAAAUGCACCUAUGGCCACAAGUGCAAGUACUACCACCCAGAGAGAGCAGCGCAGCCCAUACGAUCUGUUGCAGAUGAACUCAGAGCUUUUGCCAAGCUUUCUGCUGUCAAGACCAUGAGUGAAGGUGCUCUUGCAAAAUGUGGCAUUUCUGGCGCUACCGCAAAGGGGGACUGUUCCGAGGUAAAAAGAGUGGCACCGAAACGUCAGUCGGACCCGAGCAUCCGUUCAGUGGGCUGCGAGCAGGAGGAGCGACUCUGCCCCGCUCGGAAAGCCGAAGCUAAUUCGGUUCCAUCUUUAGUGACGGCUCUUAGCGUCCCGACUAUGCCGCCGACAAAAAGUCACGCAGCUGGGGCACUGAACACUCGGUCCGCUAGUAGCCCAGUCCCGGGGUCACUGCACUUCACGCACAGCUCGCUGGAACAUGCCGGAAGCAUCCAGUACCCUCCAAUCUUGGUCACUAACAGCCAAGGUGCCUCCGUGGCAUACAGCGAACCUUUUCCCAAAUACGAUUCUGUAGUUAGUGACCAUGGCUACUAUUCAAUGCUGAGUGAUUUCUCGACCAUGAGCUUGGGAAGCAUGCAAGACAGCUUCUGUAGCUUAGAACAGCCAGAUCCAGUCGGAGGAGGCGGAUAUCCCGGUCGAGCUUCCAGCAUUUGUCCUGAAUCUGGUCGCAGCCACUCUUCGGACUCUUUCUCCUCGUAUGGUGGAGAGAUGUACUCUAUGGAAGGUAGCUUGGAUGAUGGGAUGAAGGUUUCACAAUCUGCACAAUCCCAAGUGCAGUCCCAAGCACAGUCCAGAUUACAGGCGUUUGCUCAUGGGUUUCACCAUGAGGCUCUGACAAGAGUCCAAAGUUAUGGCACGGAUGAACCCAAACCUGGGCCACGUAAACAAUCCUCGGCCCACCUUGUGCCUCAUGCGCAGCAUCCGGUGGUUGGAGCGAGAUCCAGUUGUCCGGGUGACUAUCCUCCGCUUCCCCAGAACAUGUUGCCUUCGUCCGGCCCUAAUCAGCCAGGCAGAUCCUUGGGAAUGACACGGAUGGACAGCAUUUCAGAUUCCCGUCUUUACGAAAGUAACCCCCUCCGGCAGAGACGGCCGCCUCUUUGUCGAGAGCAACAUGCCAGCUGGGAUCCUCUACCAUGUGGGAAUGAGCCUUAUGGGUACGGAGGUUAUGGAUUGACAGGAGGACUCAUGCCUUGCUGUGAGCGAGUGAUGGUUCGGAGUAUGCCGGAAAAGAUGGAACAGAUUUGGAGAUCGCCGUGGGAUACGCCACCUGGACCUCACGGACCGAUGGAACCACAGGAGCGACAUCCGAUUCCUGAACAUCAGUACCAGACUUACAGAAACCUCUGCAAUAUCUUCCCAGCAUACGUAGUCCACUCGGUCAUGGAGAAGAAUCCUCAUAUGACGGAUCCUCAGCAGCUAGCAGCGGUUAUUGUAACAAAACUACGGUCCUGUCAUUGAAGGAAAAGCAGCACAAUGUUUUACACAUUUCCAUUUUUUUAUUCCACAGCCUGAACGACACAGCCAGUGUCUUGAAAGAUAUAAUUUCCUAUCCAUCUAUCACCUUGGUGAUCCACCGUAACUCAUUUCUUUUGCAUUAGUACCAUGGUUCAAAUUAGCAAUGCUACAUUAUGUAGCAUAAUUCCAUGUUUAAUGACAGGCCUUGUACCAAGGUUAAAGAAAUCGUCCAAUGGAGAAUGAAGCAUGGAUGUUCUUUAAUGAAGGUGUUUAAAGCAAUUUAAUUAUUUUAAUUUUGAGUAAAUGUAAAGAAUGCACUUACAAUACAAGGAGGAACGCAAGACCUGAGUUUAGAUCACAAAAACCAGCUUUUUUUAAAUAUUUAUUUUGCUAAUAUACAGUGCCGUAUUUUCCAGACAAUACAAUACGAUUAUAUUGGACUCUGUGACACCUUCAACUUCUCCAAAUUCUGUCUUCUAUUUAGCAAUUAUACGCAUUGUUUUGUCAUAUUAAUACAGCAAUUAUUUUUAUUUUAUUGCCUUAUAUCACCUUGAUAGUAGCUGGAGUACCGAAACAUGUUAGAAUUAGGAUCAUACAUAUCAAAAAUUGUCUUAUUCUCUGGAAAAUAUGGCAAUAUUACUAAUAUUUCAGUCAUUUUGCCUCAUAAGGAACAUUAAUUAUAAUUAUUUUAUGUCAAACGUUUAAUUUUAACAUUAAAUGAAAUUCCUAUUUGAAAAAAAGGUAAUUAUUUAAAACUGCAGCAACAAUAACAAAAAUUGUAGGGAGGAAAAAAAAGAAAUUAUUGUGAUUACAAGUACAGAUGCGUACUUUCUUCACCAGUGUAAAUAUUGUGAUGUUAAAAUUACGUAAAAAAAAAUUUUGCCUCGUGAAAAGGUGAACACAUAACAAUUGUCCAAAAGGAGUGUUAACUCUGGAGUACCUCAAAGCAUGAACUUUGACCUUUUUAAAACUUUUAUGGCCUUACAUCUUGUGACCUCACCGCAAGUGUGUUAACGUGAUAUAUAUACACAUAAAUAUAUAAAUAUAUCUAUUUUUCUGAUGGUUGUUGAGGUCACCGGGUGUGUUUAGUAUUCAAGCACUAGAGCAAUUAUUUUCCUGUUUUAGCGAUAGCGGAAAAAAACAACACUUUGCAAAGCCUUCCUUAUUGGAGUAUUUGGAGUGAAACGCAAACACCGCCGACCUGCCAAAAAAACAAAACAAAAAAAAAAACAACCAAACAAGCGGCAUCUUUAUUUCCUCACCCGCACUAAGCCAUUUAUAAAGAUUAUUUCACGCUGCUUAAGCAAGGCCAAAAAGCAUAAUAAAUGUGUGUUUGAGUGUUACGUAAAUGCUAGCUAAUAGCUAGACUUAUUUAGCCUGUUUGACGUGUUUGUUGUGCAGUAACUUUUACAGAAUCUAGAAAAUUCCUCAGAUUUAAUUAAAGUCUUUAUGUGGUCUUUAAGCUCCGUUUUGGGACCAGAUAAGUAUUUGGGGUGUGUAAGUCAUAAUGGAUGUAACAUUGUUCUAAAUUAACAUGUUGCAUAAUAACUAAAAAAACAACAACUGACGGCAGUGAUUUAUACGGACGAUUUUAACAUCAGUGUCGAAAUCACCGAGCUUGUCUGCCUUGACGUCAUAGCUACAGGAGAUGCUUUCCCAUAGGCUGAAAUAGAUACAUAGCAUAAACUAGUUAGCGCCACAAUGAGGGGCUAAACCUAAAUCGAAUUCUACCUGCGAAUAUAGCUGAGCAUUAUGCAGAUGAAAUAGCUUAAUUAGCAACACUGUAACCUGUACUAAUGACAUCAAGGAGGACUCAGUUAUUUAACUAAACGUACGUGCAAACUUUAGCAUUUAGAGAAAUGUCGUCGUUAUAGCUUUUAACAACCGAAUAGAUUUCGUGCAUGAGAUAAUAAAUCAAGAGCUCAACACUUGAUUGGCUCGUUAGUCAAUUAAGACGUACCGCAAUUUAAUAAAAUUUGCGCGUUAAUAAAGGAAUGGCGGUCUCAUCAGCUAAUAGUUGCUCCUGAAGAGCAUCUGUUUUUCUGAUUGGUGCUGGGAGACCACGCCGCUCCGCCUGUCUUAUUAUUGUGUGUAUAUUAUACUGUUGUAUUUGCGCAAUCUUAGCAGAAUCCUCGAAUGUUCCAGAAGUCUCUCUGGAUGGAAAACACAAAGGAAACUUUAUUUAGUUGUUGUAGUUUGCUGGGGAUUUGUUUUCAUGAGCGCAGUUUACCGCUCGUGGGAAGGUUGCGAUACACUGCCUACCUGUUUCUUCCUGUGCGAUACACACACACACGGAACACCAGGCUGUCGUUGGGUUGUUUCUUACAUUUGAUUGACGGGUCGCUUGCUGCUUCUUCUUCUUCUUCUUUGUUUUUGGACCCCGUUAGAUUUCCUUUCUAAUCCUUUUGUAAAAACACAUACAAAAAACUGAGGACCGAGUAUACAAUAUUGUGACUAAUAUUACUCAGCGUUCACAUCUUCAUAGUUUGCUAGAAAGAAACCUAUUUCGAGAAUUCCUGCAAUUGUUUCUGAGGUCCUGAAAGGGUCCUAGAUUUUACAAUAAGUUUAGUUUAAAAGCAUGUGGUUAGGGAUGUCGCCAGACAAACUAUCGAACCUGGCUAACCAUUUUCAGGCUGCACCCACCUGUAAGUUAAAAAAAAAAGUUCCUGGAACUAAAAACCUGUAGGUUAAUUGGGCUUAAAAAGUUUCUAGGUUCUUGGCAAGGUUCAUGGUUACUUGGAGAACUUUAAAAUUUGUUCCUGGUUUCUUUAAGUUUCCUGGAGAAAAGUAAGAUGGAUUUUGGCUUCUGGAUUUCACAAAAGGUUCCAGGUUCUUGAAAAGCAUGCUGGUUUUCAAACAAGAUUUAAUGGUGUUCCGGAUAACAGUUUCUUGGCCCAAUGAAGACAUGGAGGCGAUAGUAUUGGUCACUGUUGUUAGUUUGAGACUUGUUUAAUGUAUCUUAGACUUAAACUUAAAAGGAAGCAGGUUGAAUAUCAAAGUGAAAAUGUAACCGCUAAACGCAGCCCUGUUUGAUGUCUUUAGCUUCGUACAGAAGCUACAAAACUUACAAGGAUAAAGUUUUGUAAGGUUUUAGAAUAAAUAUAACUUCUGUUUAGUUUUUUGUUUCCUGUUGUUUCCGAGAUGCUGAUUUAUUUCGCAGCAAGUUAUCACGCCUCAAAUGUCUAGAAACGACCUUUGCUUGUUGAUACAAAUUGUAUCUAUUUCUUGAUUGUAAAAAAAAUGAUCUGUACAGUAUUACAUAUAUUCAUAAAUAUAUAAAUAUCUAUACACAUUAAUAUAUAGAGAGUUAUAUAUCUAUAAAAAUAGCUUAGUUUUAUUUAAAAGGAAAAAAAAACGACAUUAAUGCCAUAAUGUUAGUGACACUAUGUGUCACUAGUGUAGCCCAUACAGAAGGCUUGUUUCCUGCCGGGCAAGACAUCUAGACAGGGAUCUUUUUCACUUACUCUCUCUCUUUCUCUCUCUCUCUCUCUCGUUCUCUCUCAUCCUCUCUCACUUUCUCUCUUCAUCUCAUCUCCUCGUCUCUUUUCUUCUCGCAUUAAGAACGUGCACAGCUUGUAAGUGGGCGUGGCCAAAAAAAUCACAGUUGGUUAUUUUGAGUAUGCCAAAUGAAAGGGUCUUGGGAAAAGGGACACGCCCACUUAUAACACACCGAGCCAUGCAGGUGGACCUUUAUAAGCACCUGCGCCAGUAUUUACCCUCAGUAAGGGUGAAACUGACAAACUGACAUAUUAUUAUCAUUUAGAGCUGAUAGUUGGAGGAAACGUAUCAAACAAAUGUAGUCCAAAUAAACUCAUCCAGGAAGUGAGUUACUAAAAAAAAAAGGUUCAUUUAGUUAGAUCCUGGAUUUCUUAAAUAGUUUCUGAUAA